AUGACAUCUUCAGAUGUUGAUUGGAAACCAAAGAUUGGAAUGGGAUUUGAUUCUAUGGAAGAGGCUAAUAAGUUUUGCUUGCUUAUAGUUUCCGAAGGGCUAAAAAGGAAGGAGAAAAGAUACGCAUAUGAAGGAAAAUAUACGAGAGCCGAUGUUAGAACAAAUUGCCCUGUAAGAAUUACACUUUCUCGUAAGAAUGGAAAGUUGGUCAUCAAUGACUUUGAAGAAGAACAUAACCAUGAUCUACAAAAUUCUGAGACAAAACACAUGCUUCGGUCACAUAGAAAGAUAACUGAGGUGCAAGCAUAUGAGAUUGAUUUGGCUAAUGACUCUGGAUUAAGGCAGAAGUCAACAUUUCAACUUUUGAGCACACAAGCAGGGCACAGAGCUAAUGUUGGAUUUACAGAGGUGGAUGUAAGAAACUACAUCACUGCAAGAAGAAAAAGAAGUAUGGCAUAUGGUGAGAUUGGAUGUCUUUCAAAAUAUUUUCAACGACAAUUGUUGGAGAAUCCAUCCUUCUUUCAUGCAUAUCAGAUGGAUGUAGAAGAACAUAUUACAAAUGUGUUUUGGUGUGAUGCACAGAUGAUUUUGGAUUAUGGGUAUUUUGGCGAUGUUGUUUCUUUGGACACCACAUACUGUACCAACUAUGCCAAUAGACCACUUGCUUUUUUUUCUGGUUUCAACCAUUAUAGAGGUUCAGUCAUAUUUGGGGCGGCACUAAUGUAUGAUGAGACAAGUGAGUCAUUUAGAUGGUUGUUUGAUACAUUCUUACAGGCACACAACAACAAAAAACCAAAGACGAUCUUCACUGACCAAGAUCAAGCAAUGGCAAGGGCAGUUGCAGAUGUGAUGCCCGAGACUCAUCAUGGUUUAUGCACAUGGCAUUUGUUACAAAAUGGAGUUAAACAUCUUGGGAACAUGAUGAAGGGAGGAUCUUCUUUGCUUAGUGAUAUCAAAAAAUGCAUGUAUGAUAUUGACAUUGAAGCAAAUUUUGAGAAACUUUGGUUUGACAUGAUCCACAAAUUUAAUAUUCAUGACAAAUCUUGGAUCAUUUCAACUUAUGAGCUUAAAAAAAAAUGGGCUUCAUGUUAUAUGAAGGGAGUGUUAACACUUGGUAUGCGAAGUACACAAGUUAGUGAAAGUUUGAAUGCUCACUUCAAGUCUUGUAUGAAACCGAAUGUGAAUAUCCUAGAAUUCUUCAACCAUUUUGAAAUAGUUGUUGAGGAGAAGAGAGCAAAAGAAUUGAGUUGUGUGUAUGAAUCCUCCCAUAAGCUUGCAAGGUUAGCAUAUGAAACUGCACCAAUACUAAUUCAAAUGGGAAAAACAUACACACACACUGUAUUUGAAUUGUUUCAAGAUGAGUUUAAGUUAUUCUUAACUUUAUCUGUACCAAUUAGACAUGAAUCUGACUCUCUUUGUGAAUAUGUCAUCACAAAGGCAAAACAUGAAGGAUCUUGGAGAGUUUAA